CUUCGAGCGUACCCAAACGAAGAUGGCGGAUCCAGCUGUAGUAGGGAGUAAUUCCUUAGGCACGGGAAUGCGAUCAGGAGGGAGUAAGAACACCUCCAGCCCUGCAGAGAAUUACCAUCUAGCUCGGCGACGCACUCUGCAGGUUGUGGUGAGCUCGCUGCUGACAGAGUGCGGUUUUGACAGUGCAGAAAAGGCGGCUGUGGAAUCGCUUACGGAGAUGAUCCAGAGCUAUAUCUCUGAGGUUGGCCGCUGGGCGAAGUCAUGCUGUGAACACACGGCCAGAAGCACUCCAACGCUGUCAGACGUAGUGCUCACACUCGUAGAGAUGGGUUUCAAUGUGGACAGUUUGCCAGUUUAUGCCAAGCGAUCUCAGAGGAUGGUUAUAACAGCACCCCCAGUGACGAACGCCCCAGUGGUCCCCAAGGCUCUGAUGGCAGGACAGAAACGCACGCAUCCAACACACAUCCCCAGUUAUUUCCCAGAGUUUCCUGACCCCCACACAUAUAUCAAAACCCCGACAUUUCGGGAGCCGGUAUCGGAUUACCAGGUUGUGCGUGAGAAGGCAGCUUCACAGAGAAGAGACGUGGAGCGGGCACUUACCCGAUUUAUGGCCAAAACGGGAGAAACGCAGAGCCUCUUCAAAGAUGACAUCACUGCCUUCCCCUUGAUUGCGGCACAUCCCAGCUCUAUCCCUUACCUGAAUGCUCUGCUACCCUCGGAGUUGGAGCUGCAGACCCUGGAGGAGACAGAUUCCUCCGAACAGGAUGAGCAGACUGACAGCGAGAAUGCUGCUGGCAAUAUCAUUAACGAUGAGUCUGGAGCAGACAAAGAGAACUCUGUGCUGCCCCCUGGUGGAGUUGUGCCUGCAGUGAAGGCCAGUGAGGAGAAUGUAAUCGAUAAUCCGUACCUGCGACCAGUGAAGAAGCCCAAGGUGAGGCGGAAGAAGUGAGUGUGUGCCCCAGCCAGACUCUUAUGCCUGCUUAGGCAGGACUGUGCCAGCCACGCCCAUCAGUAUCUGAAACGUGUGCGGUGUCUGCGGAGCUGUGGAACCACGGGCUGAAACACUGUGGCCUAGCGCUUCCCCUGCUGCUCCAGCACACAGUGCUGCAGACGGAGGACUUCAGAACUCGGGCGUUUACGCCAUUCACCGCUGGAAUGCUGUGUUUUCUUUUUCUGUGGUUUUAUGUUGAGUAGUCCUCUAUUGAAUGAGAUUCAAGGAAUUUUUUUGACACCAGCUUAUCUCCGUUCCUUUACUUUGCUAAUGCUCCCAGUUGGAGCUGUUAAACCUUAGUUUGGUGACAGAGUUACACAUGUAAAUUACUGACUUCAAAAUGGUUUUCUUAGGCUUCCAUUAAAGGUGUUCUACAUCAAAAUAAUUUGA